AUGAGCGGACACAGUGGCGAAUGGGAACGACACGAGAUUCCGCCGCCGCGCACACAAGGCGCCGCAACCGGCGGACAACAAUUAUCCGCGACCGCCAAUCAGUUUGUCGACAAAAUCGAUCCGUUUCAUAGCAAGAGACCCAGUAGAAGAUUGUGAGUCGGGGGAAACAUCGAUAAUGGACCUUUGUAUAAGAUUGACCUGAAUUUCAGCUGAUAAAUUUCAGUUCCAUCGUCUAGAAUCUCUCAAUUUUACGUUAUCUCUGAUCAAAACGUUUUUGCAUAGAAAAACUAUCGAUUUUCUGUUAAGUUUUAUUAUGGGUUUUUUUCUGCAUAGGAAAAAUAUGUUUUUUUAUUACAAAAUAUUAUUCUGCAUGGGCCCAUAAUAAAAUUUAACAGAAAAUCAAUAGUUGUUCUAUGCAAAAACGUUUUGAUUAGAGAUAACGUAAAAUUGAGAGGUUCUAGACGAUGGAACUGCAAUUUAUCAGCUGAAAUUCAGGUCAAUCUUAUCAGUUUUCCUUGGACAAAUUGAUAAAUUUUGUUGAAAAAUCUCAUAGAUUUUUCUUUUUGCAAAUUUAAAAUCCCAUAAAAUUAAUGCAAUUUUCCCACGUGACAUUUUUCCAACAAGACGAUUUUUUUCCGAAAACCAUACUAUUUCCAUGAAAUUAUUGUCGAAGAAACCGCGAAAAUUCGCAAAAAAUUUUGUUUGCAGACGAAUCAGUACAAGUAGUCGAUUUAUGAAUGAAAGUGGACAGGAAUUGCAGCAACUUCCGUUGAUUAAAGGUGGGAAACGGCAAAUUUCAAGCUGAAAACCCUCAUUUUUUUUCAGAUACCCCGGCAGCCGAGCAAACUGCAUUGGUUGUUCAGAAAUUGACACAAUGCCAAUAUCUUUUCGAUUUUUAUGAUCCGGUGGCGGAAUUGAAGUGUAAAGAGGUACGGAAUUCAAUGAUUGUGGAUUGAAAAGCGUAGCCUGAUCACGGAACCUCGGGUGGAGCCGAGAAAAUGAGCAAAGUUUGUGAAGUGUCCUGGGAGAUUUUCAAUGCGACAUAUACCAUUUUGUAGAGCUUCUCACGCUGAGAAAGAUCUCGCUUUCAGUUUUUGCUGAACGAUUUUCUGAAGUGCACAAUAAUGAGCCGAAAGUUCCCAAAACUGAAUUCUGGACUUUGUUAAUAUACACUGCAGCCGGGAAGUUUAAGAACGGUUGAUUAACGGCUGAUAAAAACUGCUUUUUAUCAACGGAGUACCAACGCUUAACCCACCGUUAAUGAACCGAGGAUUAACCAAUUUUUAAAUUUUGAAAAUUACCCAAAUCGAUAAAAAUAGGUUCCCGGCACUUAUUUGGGUGUUAAGUAUUUUCAAAAAUUUUGAAAAUUUUUCAUGAUUUAAUCCACGAUUAAUCAACGGGGAUCAACCGUGGAUUAAAUAAUGGUACUCCGUUGAUUAAAUUUCAUUAAAGUUGGUUUAUAAACCGUUAAUCAACCGUUCUUAAACCUCCCAGCUGCUGUGUAGGAAAUCUUUCCUUCUGAAAAACAUCCUGUAUUCAGUUUUUGCUGAAAAUUAUUCUAGAAGAAGUUGUAGGCUUCAAAAAAAAGCUUCUGAAUACGUUGUCUUUUCCGAAGCCUAUGACUUGUUCUAGAAUAAUUUUCAGCAAAAACUGAAUACAGGAGGCUGUUCAGAAGGAAGGAUUCGAUAAUAAAAAUGUCCAGAAUUCAGCUUUGAGAACUUUCGGCUCUUCGGAAAUUUGUUCAGCAAAAACUGGAAGUGAGAUCUUUGUCAGCGUGAAAAACUCUACAAAAUGGUAUAUGGCUCAUUGAAAAUCUCCCAGGACACACUUUGCUCAUUUUCUCGGCUCUACCCGGAGCUCAGAAGCUAAUUGUGAUCAGCGUGUCGAGUUCUCUAACAACUGAUUUUUUGAGUUCUAAAAAAUCAUCUUCCAGAUCAAAAGAUCAGCGCUGAACGAAUUGAUCGAUCAUAUCACAACAACAAAAGGUUCAAUUGUCGAAUCGAUUUAUCCGGCCGUAAUUCGAAUGGUCUCCCGAAACAUCUUCCGCGUUCUCCCGCCAUCCGAAAACUUCGAGUUCGAUCCAGAAGAAGACGAGCCAACGCUCGAAGUCUCUUGGCCCCAUUUGCAACUCGUCUACGAGCUCUUCUUGCGAUUCCUCGAAUCGCCCGAUUUUCAAGCGUCGAUCGGCAAAAAGUAUAUCGAUCAACGAUUUGUGCUGAAAUUGUUGGAUUUGUUCGAUUCGGAAGAUCCGAGAGAACGCGACUUUUUGAAGACGGUGUUGCAUCGAAUUUAUGGGAAAUUUUUGGGAUUGAGAGCUUUUAUUCGGAAACAUAUUAAUAAUAUGUUUUUGAGGUGAGAAAUUUUGGGGGAAAAUUGGAAGUUUCAAGAAAUUUCAAAAAAAAAUUCUGGAAAUAUCAAUUUUGGGUUCAAAAAUCAGCUCAAAAUUGAGAUUCUAGAAAUUUCACAUAAAACUUCUCAGAAAAAAGUAUUUUAAAAAUUCAGAAUUUCCCUGUUUUAAACAUUUCUGGAAAAAUCAAUUUUGGUUUCAAAAAAUCAGCUCGAAAUUGAGAUUUUCUGAAAAAAAAUCAAUUUUUUUUCUAAAUCAGGGUUUUCCCGAAGUUUUACUCGAUUUUCCAUGGUUUAGGGUUUUCUGGAAUUUAUUUUUGAUUUUUUGAAUAUUAGCAAAAUUUGGGAGAAAAUACUUUUUCAGAAAAAUAAUUAAUUUUUGCUAAAUUUUCAGAAAAAUGAAGGGAAAUUAAUUUUUUUCAAGAAAUUUCACACUUCUCAUAAUUUUCUUAAAAUUCAGAAUUUCCCUGUUUCAAAAAAUAAGAAGAAAAAAUCAAUUUUGGUUUCAAAAAUCAGCUCGAAAUUGAGAUUUUCUGAAAAAAUCUCCUUUUUUUUGUAAAUCAGGGUUUUUCCUUGAAGUUUCACGAUUUUCCAAGAUUUUUGUAAAAUAUCGGGGUUUUCUGGAAAAUUCAUGAAAUUUUUUUGAUUUUCCAGAAUCCUAAGAAUUUUCUUAUUCUGAAUUCAUCUGAAAAUUAGUUUUUUUCUGCUGAAUUAUCAGAAAAAUGAAUGGAAAUUAAGUUUUUCCGAUCAAAAAUAUGAUUUUUUUUUUCUCCUAAAAACCCUCCGAAAUUUGCAGAUUCGUCUACGAAACCGAUUCAUUCAACGGAGUUGGCGAAUUGCUCGAAAUUCUCGGCUCAAUCAUCAAUGGCUUCGCACUUCCCCUGAAAAAUGAGCACAAAGUGUUCCUGGUCAAAGUGCUUCUACCACUUCACAAACCCAAAUGUUUAUCAUUGUAUCAUGCACAAUUGGCCUAUUGUGUUGUGCAAUUCAUCGAAAAGGAUUCCUCAUUGACACCACAAGUUUUUGAGGCGCUCUUGAAGUUUUGGCCGAGGACGUGUAGUAGUAAGGUGAGGCAAUUUUGAGAAGGGUUGAUUUAUGAACAAAAAUAUUUUGAAAAAAAAAUUAGUUUUUCGAGUUUUUUCAACCAAAAAUGAUGAUAAAUCGACAUUUUUGAAGCUUCUGGAGUGAUUUCUGAUGCAAAUAAGCUAAAUAAUUUUUUCGAAAUUCAUCAAAGCUGAAAUUUUUAACGAAAAAUCAGCAAAUAUUCUGAAAAGUGAAUUCCAAGGUCAAUUUUCAUCAGAAAUCACACCAGAAGCUUCAAAAAUCUCCAUUUGUCAUCAUUUUUGGCUGAAAAACUAGAAAACCUAAUUUUGACAUACAAUGUUUUUUCGAUAUUUUUUGACUUUUCCUGAAUUGAUCUUUCAAUAAAAAAAACAUUGUUUUCCUAGUGAGAAGGUUUUUGAAUCUGAAAAUAUCAAAAUUAUCGAUUUUUGUACAGUCUGAGAGAUUUGGAAGUGUUGGACUGAAAAUUGAACAGAUUCUAACCAAAAUUUCAAAUUUUAUAAAAAUGUUUUCUGUAAAAUUCUAAAUAAUCCCAAAAUCCACCUUGAAAGGGAACCUUUUUCGCUCAAUACAUCAAAUCUUGAUAAAAUGUUGUCCAUAGACAAUUUUUGAAAGAACUUUUAGUCUUUUAGUCUUUCAAUGGACCUCUGAGCCAACUUCUGGGCUCUCAAAAACUCGAGAAAGGCCUAAAAUUAGGCUUCAUAGCUCCAUUUCAAAUUAAUUAUUGUGAGAAAAAAAGUUUCAGAUAUUAUUCAGCAUAGUCGAUUUACUGAAAGUACAUCAACUAUAAACUUUUUCGAACAAUUUUGAAAAUUGUUAUUUUUCAUACGCUGAAAAUUAUCUGAUUUUCAUUUUUUUUUCACAAAAUUCAACCCCAGUUGAGCAAUGAUGACUUUUAUGAGCCAAUUUUUUGAACUUUUAAGAGCCCACAACUUGGCUCAGAGGUCCAUUGGAUAACUAUAAUUUUUAGGGUGUUCUUAUGACCCCAAAAGCUGUCCAUGGACAACAUUUUAUCAAGUGUUGUUCAAAAAUUUCAUCAGAAAAAUUGAAUUUUCCAAUUAUGUGUUUUGUUCCAAAAAAUCCCUCUAAAAUCCCCUUAUUUUUUCCAGGAAGUAAUGUUCCUUGGAGAAGUUGAAGAAAUUCUCGACAUAAUCGAACCGGAACAAUUCAAAAAAAUCAUCGAUCCACUAUUCCGCCAAUUGGCCAAAUGUGUCAGCUCGUCACAUUUCCAAGUGGCCGAACGUGCGUUGUACUUUUGGAACAAUGAAUAUAUAUUGUCGCUGAUAGAGGAUACUAGCUCAUUGGUGAGUUGGGAGGAGGGAAAUCUGAAAUUUUCAAAAAUAAAUCCAAACCUUUGAAAAUUGGUCCGGAAGUUGUGAAAUUGUUGAAAAUUCAAAUGAAAAGGACUGAAAUCGCUGAAAUUUCUCAGAAAAUUGAGCCUAGACGUAAUGCUAGAUUUUUGCAGCCAGAUUCAGGCUUAACAAAAAUAACAGGCCUGAAAGUUAGCCUAAUUUCAAGAAUGAAGACAGUUCCCGGGAUUUUUGGGCUGAAAAAUGGUCUGAAAUAGGCCUAUGCUUGGAUGAAAAAUUGAAAAAAAGGCUUGAAGUUAAGACUGACUUUCUGUAAAUUAAGUUAUAACCUGAAUCAUAACUAAAAAAAAUCAGAAAUUAAUUGGCGGGUUAAAAAUGACUGCAGUUCCUAAGCGCUCAAAAUUUCUUCAACAAGAAUUUUGAAAAAUCUGAGAUCAGGCUUGAAAUUUAAAAAUUAUACUGUUAAACAUCGGGACCAAAGCACACCUCGGCCAAAAUCGUGGUUUCCACAAUAAAAAGUUGUACGCUAACUUUUUACAGUACAAAAAUUGUGAAUUUUCAGUUUUUGUCCUCUAAAAAUUAUGAUUUUUCAAUUUUUGACCGAAAAACUGAAAUUCAGAUUUUUCAAAAAAUUGUACUGUGGCCAGCCACGGCUUGGCCGAGGUGUGGACCAAAGAUUAUAGUCUCCAUACCGAAAAUACACCACAAAACUCUCAAAUUCAUCAUUUUCCUUUCUUUACAGGUAAUGCCAAUAAUGUUCCCGGCUCUCUACCGAAUCUCCAAAGAGCACUGGAAUCAAACAAUUGUCGCGCUGGUUUAUAAUGUAUUGAAGACAUUUAUGGAAAUGAAUGGAAAAUUGUUUGAUGAAUUGACAUCGAAUUAUAAAAGUGAACGACAAAAGUGAGUUUUUUGGGAAGAAAAUGGUUGAAAAUCUUCUUUUUACAGGGAAAAGAAGAAGGAAAAAGAUCGCGAUGAGUUUUGGAAGAAGAUGCAAUCGUUGGAAAUUAGCCCACCGCCGAACGGCGCCGAACUUUCGCCAUCGUAUUUCCCUGAGAAUAUUCAGGCUUAUGUUAAGGUAAGGCUUGUGGGAAUUUUUAGGGCGGUUUUGCGAACGAAAAAAUGUUUUUUAACAUUGAAAGAUCAAUUUUCAAGUUUUUCCAGUCAAAAAUGAUGACAAAUCGAGAUUUUUGAAGUUUCUGAAGUGAUUUCUGAUGAAAAUAAGCUUCGAGAACCCUAUUUUACCCCAUUUUAUCAAUUCUUUCGAAAUUCAUCAGCAAAAUUUUCUGAAAAAGUGAAUUCCAAGGUCAAUUUUCAUCAGAAAUCACUUCAGAAGCUUCAAAAAUAUUGAUUUGUCAUCAUUUUUGGCUGAAAAACUGGAAAAAUUAAUUUUGAUCUACAUCGUUUUUUCGACUUUUCGUGGAUUGAAAUUUCAAUGUUAAAAAACAUUUUUUUUCGUUCGUGAAUCAGUUCUAUUGAAUUUUGUAGCAAAAAAUUGGUUGAUUUGGGAAAUUUGGCCGAAAUUCUGAAAAUUUCAUUAACUUUGGAGAUUUAACGCCAAAACACGUGGAUUUUUCUCGAAACGUGGAUUUAUAUUUGGAAAUUUUCUGAAACCUUGAAUUUGAACAUAAAUUUAAAAAAAAGUGUUUAUUGAAAUAUCGACCUGAAAAUUCACGUGUCAAUUUCAAAAAUUCGAAAAACCACGAUGUUUUACAAAAAAAAAUCCACGUUUUUUACGAAAAAUUCAAAUUUUGAGAUUUUCAUUGUAAAAAAAAUUCAAAAAUCUGAUUUUUUCUUCAAAUAUGGCUUGUCUGUAAUUGAAUUUCGGCCAAGUUUUCUGAAAAUUUUCAAAAAAUCCCCAAAUUUUUGCAGGAAGCGGGUAUAUCGAUAAAUGCAUUCAACACAACAACCGAAAAACUAUCACCAUCGACAGUGAAAAAGACAUCAACCGGCUCCGAUGGCAACACCACAAAUGCUGGCAAAAAAUGA